UUACAACAACUCCAAGUACUACAACGCCAAUUACAACAACUCCAAUUACUACAACGCCAAUUACAACAACUCCAAUUACUACAAGUACUACAACACCAAUUACAACAACUCCAAUUACUACAAGUACUACAACGUCAAUUACAACAACUCCAAUUACUACAAGUACUACAACGCCAAUUAUAACAAGUACUACAACGCCAAUUGCUACAAAUUUAACUAAAUUACAGGAACUGGGUACUGUAUUGAUGAUUGCUAACAGUGUUUUGGUGGCCGUCAAAACGGAACUGCCUUUGUUAAUAACUCUUCUCAUCAACGGACCCCGUUUGUAUCAUCUAAAUAAGGUGAAGAUAUUAAGCUGUGUGCUUUGUGCAGCCGUGGAGAUACCUGCCUUGGUCUUGUUUUCUUUGGCUGAUACCAUUAACGUCCUUUUCAUUGCUCUAGUGUGUGUUGCAAUAGCCUUUAAUUUAUUGGAGCUGUUUAUCGUCUGUCUCCGAAUUGAACCCAGUCAUGAACUAAAGGAGAUCAGUGAGCUUAUCAUCAAAGUGUGUUCCGUCAUCCACUGUAUUUUUACAACCGCUAUCAUUUUUCUAGGUGUUUUGGAGUUUGACAACUGUGGAAAUGAAAGGGAAUACUCUUGGCCAGUGAAAGUGAUGAUGGCUUACACAGUGUGGACUCUCCUGUUUAUAAUAUGGGUAUAUGUAAGCAGUAUUCACAGAAAAACCAUACUGGGUGGAAGCAAAAUAGGGAGUUCAAAAAACAGAAAAGAAAGAAAAAAGAAGAAGCUCAGUGCAGCAGCAGUGAUUGUGAUCGCUGUCCAAGUAAUCUUCGGCGUUGGAAACUUGUGUUUUGCUUUUGCGGUCUCUUUUGGGAUAUUUUGGUGUUAGGAAAAGUAGGCCUGGGCAUCAAGCUUUAUUAUGUCAUUCACAUGUGUCCGUCCCGGGAGAUGGAUCCCUCUUCACUUGCCUUCCUGAAGUUUCCUCCCUUUUUCUUCAGAUAAUCAGGGUUAUUUUUAGGGUAGUUUUUUUUUUUCUUGGAAGGGUCCAUUUCCAGAAUGCUGUACAGAGUGUAAGGCAACGAGGAACAUUUGUAAUUUGUUGUAUUGGGUUUGUAAAUUGAAUUUGAUUGACUGACAUUUGAAAGUUAUUAAUUAAUUCAUAAAAAUGCCAAUGAGACUUGGCCUGGGAAACGGAGACUUGCUGGUUCAAGUCCCGGAAAGGACUCAGUACCAAUUGUGGAGUGAUACCUGGAGAAGUGCCAGUUCGCCUCUUGGACACUGCUGAGGUGCCCUUGAGCAAAACAAGGAACCCUACACUGCUCCCCUGGCACCUUAAAGUAGCUGCCCAAUGAUUGUAAUACUUGGAUGGGUUGAAUGCAGUCUAGACUCUGAGUCACAUUUUCACUGUGUGUUGUGCAUGUGUUACACUCAAAUAUGUUUGUAUACUGACCUAAAAUAAAUCUAUUUAUCUUUAUCUAAA